GAUUUACCAUGUUAUAGAAUUUUGUGUUAUAUCGAACAACAAUUUUAUAAAAAAGAAAAAGGUUUUUUUUAUCUUUUGUAUGUUUUAUUUAUAUUCGCUUAAUAUAAAAUAAAACUUAAUAAUAUAUAUUGAUUUAUUUAAGUUAUAUAACUUUUUAAUAAAUAUUAAAUAUUAAAAUUAUUUGAAUGUAUUUUACUUUAUAAUAGUUCUCUUUUUGGAAAACAAUAUGUAAAAAUAAAAAAUUAAAAAAUUUAUAUAAUUUUAAUUUAUUCUAGUUUUUAUUAAAUAUUUUUUCUGCAUUUUAAAAAUCUAUAUAAUUUUUUAUUUAUUAAAAAGAUUUUAUUAAAAAAAAUAAAAUUAAUAUAUUAGUAUUGUAUUCUUUUCAUUUUAAGAAAAUCAAGAUGAUUUCUAAUAUUACACGAACAUUCUCAUCUAAAUUAUACGGAGAGUCAAGUAUUUUGCGAUCAUUUUUCGUAUAUCUUCCGAAAUAUAAAUUAUCAACAUCAACUGAACCAAAACAAGAAAUUUCAGAUGAUGAUCUAAGAAAAAUAGAUCCAUUAAAUCAUCCAGAUUUUUUUCAUGUUUAUAAUAUGUUUACCAUUAAAGAUUUAUUUGAUGCAAAAGUACAUUUUGGUCAUAAAGAAGGAUCUUUAAAUGAUCAUAUGAGACCUUUUAUAUUUGGAUCUAGAUUAGGUCAUUUAAUAAUUGAUUUAGAUAAAAGUGCUGAAUUAUUACGACAGGCAUUAAAUUUCACAGCUCAUGUAGCUUUCAAAAAUGGAAUAAUUUUAUUCAUAGCAAAAAAUCCUCAAAUUUCUUAUCUUGUAGAAAGUACUGCAAAGGAAUGUCAAGAAUAUGCUCAUACUAGGAAAUGGAAUCUUGGAACAUUUACAAAUGCUGUACAAGAAUUUGGAAUAGUUACUAGGUUGCCAGAUUUAUGUAUAUUUUUAAAUACUAUGGAAUCUGUUGUUAAACAACAUACAGCAGUGGUACAUGCUGCCAAAAUGUGUAUUCCAUCAAUUGGUAUUGUAGAUACAAACUGUGAUCCUAAACUUAUAACAUAUCCUGUUCCUGGAAAUGAUGAUACACCUUGUGCUAUAAAACUUUAUUGUAAAUUAUUUAAAGAUGCAAUAAUAAAAGGAAAGAAAUAUAGAAAAGAAAUGCUUAUAAAAAAUGAAGCAUAAUAUGUUUAUUAGAAUAAUGUAAUAUAAAUAUAAGAAUAUGAUAAAUAAAUUUAUCAUAUUUAUUAUUAUAAAAUAUAAUCAAAUAUAAAUCAAAUAUAAUCAUAUUAAUAAAAUAAAAAAGUAUAAUUGAGUAUAA